UUUAUCCCCACAGCUCCCCCCCCCUUUCUAGAGGGGUAAUCCUCAGCAUGUUGGUCAUCCACCAGACCAUGUGGAGAUGAUUUGGCGCCAUGCAACCCCAGAGUCUUUUGUGGUCUUUGUUCUGCUGCUGCUGUUUCUCACCCAAUGUGAGUCAAGCCAGAAUUGCGUCUUUCAACAUGUUCCGUUUGAGUCAACGAACAACACUCAGCUUUUUUUAUCUAAAAUUAAAGAACUGAAGCAGUACCUGCUCCUCAAUUACCCAGUAGAUAUGCCAUCCAACCUGAAACCGGAUGGAUUCUGCCAGGAAAUAUGGGAAGUUCAUCUCAUAAACAAAAAGCUGAAGCAUCUGGCCAGCGUAUCCGGGAGAAUCCUGGAGCGAAAGUUCUUCAAUAUAACAUAUCACAUAGCCUCCUUUAUUGAAGGAUGUAACAUUGAGGAUAGUUGUGUCCGUUUUGUGGGGACAAACAUCACUCAGUUCUUGGAUCCGGUUCCUUACCACAUCGGAAACCUGGCGGACAAGAUGGAGAAACUCAUCGAACUGAAAGAGUCUGCCAAUUACAGUAAAUGCACCAUUAUUCAGUGCCAACCAGACUCUUUUACUACUCCAGGCACCGAAAACGUUACACAGAGCCAUGGUGGAGUCCAGUCGUCUCAGCAAACCCCACUUCAGAGAUCUCACUGGGGACCAUUUCUACUUCUGCUUCUCAUUCCCAUUUCCUGCUUUCUACUCAUCAUGACACGUCCAUUAAGGAACCUAUUUCAGAGGCUCCCAAGGUUUCAGGAAACGCCCGUUUGAGCCUUCAGAGCACCUUUGGGGAAUAAAGCAUCUUCAGGCAUGAAUGGCCCCCUCCACAGUGAAUGGGACGGCGUUCUUUUGCUCACACACCAUCAACAGCAGCACAUGCCACGCUCCCACUGUUUUCUCCCUGGAGGACUGGACUCCCAUAGCUAUUGGGGGGAGACAGGCAGUGGGGAGAGAGACUCAUCUGCAGCAUCCCUCUGAGGAGGAGCUGUGUGGGCAUCAGUUCCGGAUUCUGCCACUGGGUGUUGCUGCACCACCAUUUUUAUAUUGAGAAGCGUGAGAGGAGAAAAACAUGGACAGUUGUUGUUUUUUAAUAUAU